AUGACAACCGCCGUCACUGGAGACAUUAUUGUCCCAGAUGUUCGCCUGCUACCUCUCCACCGAAUCUCCUACCCUGAGACCGCGAGGAAGGUGCUAGCCGCAAACCCCAAAAAGAAGCUCCAGAAACACGAAAUGGAGGACCUGUGGGACGGCAUUAUGGACAACGUCUUCGACUUUGAAGUUACGCUCUGGAAGCAAAAGAAAAAUAAGCUUCUGUCGGAGACCGAGUACCGCAAACUUCAAGCGGGGGCGAAGACCUCGAGAAAGCGUAAGCGUGGGGAGAUCAGUGAGGCAUCUGGAGCUUCUGACGUCGAAGUCCAACCAGCGACAACCAAGGCAGCUGCCCAGCCGUAG